AUGUUGUCAGGGGAGGAAAUCUUAUGCAGCACCCAGCAGGUGAUCGCAGGGCUGGAGGCUCUGCGUGGAGAGAACCGCACGCUGCUGGACAGCCUGCAGGAAACACUCCAGAGCCAGACGCCCAGCGAGAGCGCUAGCCUGGAGCAGGAGAAGACCAACAUCAUUUUAGAGUCUCUGGAGAGGAUUGAAUUGGGCCUAGGAGAGGCACAAGUGAUGAUGGCGCUGUCAGCACACCUGGGCUCUUUGGAGGCAGAGAAGCAGAAGUUGCGUGCUCAGGUGCGGAGGUUGUGCCAGGAGAACCAGUGGCUGAGGGACGAGCUGGCCCGGGCCCAGCAGCAGCUACAGGAGCGGGAACAGGAAGUGGUUACUUUAGAGGAGCAGAACAGACACCUGCAGUUCAUGAACAGCAUCCGCAAGUACGACCACGAAGAGUCGUCUAUGGAGGAUAAAGAUUCUACUUCAGGGAAGGGGUCCCUUGAUGAUCUCUUUCCUUCUGAAGAAGAGGAGCAAUCACACAUGUCUCAGCCACACAGUAGUGCUGCCGCUGCUGCCCAGCAGGGAGGAUAUGAGAUCCCUGCCCGCCUCCGAACUCUCCACAACCUGGUGAUCCAGUAUGCCUCUCAGGGCCGCUAUGAGGUGGCUGUGCCGCUCUGCAAGCAAGCUCUGGAGGACCUGGAGAAAUCCUCAGGCCACAGCCAUCCUGAUGUUGCUACCAUGCUCAAUAUCCUGGCUUUAGUAUACAGGGAUCAAAACAAAUACAAGGAAGCGGCCAAUCUCCUGAAUGAUGCAUUGGCUAUCCGUGAGAAGACACUAGGCAUGGACCAUCCAGCAGUGGCAGCUACUCUGAAUAAUCUGGCUGUGUUGUAUGGAAAAAGAGGGAAGUAUAAAGAGGCAGAGCCGCUGUGUAAAAGAGCUCUGGAGAUCAGAGAAAAGGUGCUUGGGACAGAUCACCCUGAUGUAGCCAAGCAGCUGAAUAACUUAGCCCUCCUAUGCCAGAACCAGGGCAAAUACCAGGAGGUGGAGCAGUACUAUGAACGUGCGCUGCACAUUUACCAGAGCCAGCUGGGUCCAGACGAUGCCAACGUGGCCAAGACCAAGAACAACCUGGCCUCCUGUUAUCUCAAGCAGGGCAAAUACAGGCAAGCUGAGGCUCUUUAUAAAGAGAUUCUGACUCGUGCUCAUGAGAAGGAGUUUGGCUCAGUGGAGGGGGACGGCCGGCCAGUCUGGAUACAUACAGAGGACGGAAGCUCUAGACAGGAUGGUCUGGGAAGUCUGAAGCGCAGUGGAUCGUUCACCAAGCUCCGGGAAUCUAUAAGACGAAGCAGUGAGAAGCUUGUUCGGAAACUGAAAGGAGUUGGAACACAGGAAACAGCCCCUCGAGCUGCUGGGAUGAAGAGAGCUAAUUCUCUAAAUGUGCUUAAUGUGGGUCUCAGAGAAAGUCAAGAGGCUGCUAUGAAUCCCAGUAGGCUGACAGAUGCACGGGGUCUGAGUUCAAGCACGCAGAGUUUAGCACGCCGUGCAUCUUUGAGCGGUGACAGCUAACUUUCAGACACGCCAUAUGACAGCAGGACUGAUGCAGAGAUGUCAGCCUCACAUCUGGCUGGUCUGUAAUGACUGCAAAGGUCAUAUUUGACAAUCAUAUGAGGAAUAGUAUGUGACGACGAAUGCACACACUUCAAAGCAGUCUGUCAAAGUGCUUCUGGAAAAGGAGAGCACACUUUGGCUUUACAAAAAAAUUUUACACUGUAAAAUUAGUUCAGUCUACUCAUUUUAUAAAAGCCUGUUGCAAUA